UUUACUUUGGCAUUAUAAGCUACAAGGCUAGAAAUGAUGUGGCUGUCAUUUUUUUUUGUUAUUUCAAAUAUUAUGCUUUGAUUGCUUUCUUAAUUUUUAUGUAUGAUUUAUAAAUUAUAAUGUCGAGUCCGCGCCAUAUCCGUAUCUUGUAUUUUUAAGAAUUGACGUGCGUCCCGUAUCUGUAUCGUGUCGUGUCGUCACCGUAUAUGUAUCGGUGCAUUAUAAAUUGUGGAGCUCUAGCAUGUUGUGAGGGUUGGGAUCUGCGGAGAUGGCAGCCCUCAAAUCACAAGGAGUACUCGUCAGCAAUCCCAGACCAACAUACUCAUGCUAGUUGUCCAUAAAAGUGCUUUGAAUAACUUUAGAGAAAUCUAUAUCAAAAUAUGCUUAUACUACAACAAUAACGACAAGCCUUUAUUGCACUGUGGGUUUGGCUACUUGGAAAAUUUUUUCUUUAUUCUUUACUAAAGAGAGUCAAAUUCGCAUUUAAAUUUGAUAAAAAGGAAUCAUUUUUAAUACUUUCUAACAAACUUUUUUAUGUCCAACUCUUUAUCUUAUUUUACAUAGACCGGAUCAAAUACAUAUACUCUCCUAAUAGAGUCAUCAGAAGGCCGUUGUUUUAUAUAGCCAAAUCAUCUAAGGUGACUUUCUCUAAUCUUAUCUUACACAAAAGCUAACUUUUCAUGAAUAUACUCAUUUCAUAUUCUCUCUCUAAUUGUCCACCUGAGUAUCUUCAUCUCUGCAACAUUUAAUUUCAUAGUUUGCUUGCCAUAAAUCAUUUGUAAGUCUCACAAUCAUCUUAUUAAAUUUUCUUUGUGAAAAAUAUUAGGGCCAAGUCACGGAGAGUGAGAAUACAAGGUUUUGUUGAAGUUCUGAAUCCCCUCCCUUGUGUUUUAUUAUAUAUUAUACGAACUUUAUGAUUUGUUUUAGAUCCAAAGCCUAGCUUUUUGAUCGUGGGAAGAUAAAAGCUGUGCUCUUUUUAAAUUUCUUUAGCAAAAGUUGGGUGUUUUUUUGCAUUUAUUUAUCUUUCUAUUACCAACCUUAUUACCAAACUGGAAACCAAUAUUGAUGAUGGAUCAGCUGGCUGUGAUGAGAGAAAUUACCAACUAAUGAAAUGGUUUUUACACGACUCAAGUCUGUCUCACUCCGCCAAGGUGGAGGAACUCUGAUGGCUGUUGGGUUCUGCCGCCGGCAAACGCUGCCUUCAUUUUCUGCAGUUUGUGAAGUGAUUGAUCCUAUCUUAGGAUCUUAGAAGCCACUAUUAAUAUUGGUUUCAAAGUGUCGGAUAGGCCUUCUUUGAUGCUCAACACAUUGGAUGACUUGCAAAACAGCUUGAGACCAUGCUAUGUCAGAAAGAAGCAACCAGUAAGGUCAAAGGAGCCUAUGGAAAGAUCCAACUUAAUGGGAUCAGCAAGAUUCACUUCCCAAGGUUCACGAACCUUUUUCCUGUACACUGCAUGUGCACGGCGAGCUUGUGUUCUUCGCUUUGACCAGAAACAGGAGGACUACAAAGCUCAAAGCAAAGCGCUCUCUCACUAGAUUUCGUCAAAGGAGAACGUGAAGUUCUCCACUUUCACCCACUGUAGAUCGAGAAAGAGAUGUCGAGCGGUUCGCGAGGGUCGACGGGCUGCCUUCGGUGCUGCCUGGUGAUCUUUGCAAUGGCUUCAGCACUCUGUGUCUCAGCGCCGGCACUCUAUUGGAGAUUUAAGAAGAGCUUCAUUGUUAGUUCUGCCGCGUCGUCCGGUUGCGCCCCCUGCAUCUGCGACUGCCCGCCUCCUCUCUCCCUCCAGAAGAUCGCGCCCGGGCUCUUGAACCUAUCUGUUACAGACUGCGGCAAAAAUGACCCGGAGCUGCACAAGGAAAUGGAGAAGCAAUUUGUCGAUCUCCUUACGGAAGAGCUAAAAUUGCGGGAGGUCGUCGCCGACGAGCAUGCUCACCACAUGAAUGCUACUCUUCUGGAUGCAAAAAGACUGGCUUCUCAAUACCAGAAGGAAGCUGAGAAGUGCAAUGCUGCUACAGAGACUUGUGAGGAGGCGAGGGAGCGGGCUCAAGCAGCAUUUAUAAAAGAGAAGAAACUAACAGCAUACUGGGAGCGCCAGGCCAGAGCACUUGGUUGGCAAAAUGCUUGACAAAGUGGCUCUUUGUGUCUAGAUUAGUUUGCAAUUGAUCAUAUAACAAUAUCUCCUACAACGAUGUUUGAAGGCAAAGGCUUUUUUUUAUCCUUGGGAUUGUUUAGUUGUCCAAAGAGAUUGUAUUUCUGAAUUUUCUGUUUAUGUAACUGGCUAUGGCCAUGUGCCACUUAUGCGAUAAGUAAAAUUAAAAGCUUUAAGUUUUGUUUGGUAA